UGGGGUCAGCUGACGGACACGUGAAGACAACUCGUAACACGCCUGACGGUGGAGUCUGACCUCAAAACAAUGACAGACAAAAUGUAACUUGUGCACAUUCAGACGGGGAGCUCCCAUUGGUCCAAACGUUCUCGCAUUUAAAAAGAAAGAAAGAAAAGGAAACGAUGUCGUCUAUAUCGGGGGUUACAGGACAAAUCUGAUUAACAUCAUCUCUGAUUUGCUUUAUGGGACUAUUUCAUAUUUUACUUUCAAUGUAUUGACGUAUAAUAAUGAAAGAUAAUAAUGAAUGAAACACGAUCGACCGUCAGUCUAAUUUAACUAAACUAAACAGAUCAACCAAACACAUUCCUAAUGCUGCCGUCCCAGCCGGUACACAUAGUAAACACAAACAUCGUCCCACAUUGAGAGCGCGUGCUCCGCUCCACUUGAACGUGUCGAAGGCCACUCUCGACCCGAGGGGGAACGCUUCUUAAUCUCAUCUGAAAGGUCGUUGCAACGCUUUAGAAAUGUGAAUUAAUCAUCAAUGUUUAACGGGGAACCUCAAUCUCAAUAUGACGGCUGACACAUGACCGCAUUCGUUAAAAUGUUCUUCAACACAAUGUUAUCGUAUUUUUUAUUCUUUCUCGUAAAGUGCUUUAGUUAUUUAUUUCGUCAUUCGUAUUCAAAUGCGUGUCUUAGAAAGCAAGUCGCAGUGUUUUUUUUAACUUUAUCUUUCUCUCCUUCUAUUCUUCAUGUUACGAUCCUACAAAUGAAGCUCUGGUCUGAGUCGUCGUCGGUGUCUGUCAGUCAUGACUUCAGCCGGUCUCUUCUUCUCUUCACACGUGAUCUGUUGAUGAUGAAUCUGUUCUCGAUUAAGCUCCGCCCCCUUUUGACGCAACAACAGACCUAACAAGGAAACAGCUUUUCCUUCCUUGUGCCUGAGAGAAGAGAAACGCGAGUCGUCGAUAAUCGCCUCGCGCGAGCGUCUGCAGCAGGUAGAACUGGAACGACUGAACUUCAACUUUCCGCACGGCGGACGGGGCGAGGCGCGACAGACGUGAAGUGAAAGUGACUUUCUAGUCCGACUGGCUUUCCGUUCCGCUCGCAGCGUUUGCGGCUUCACUCGGAGACAAAAUGUCUUGCGGGCCGGAAGAGGACCUCUGCUGCUCCGUCUGCUGUGAGCUCUUCAGGAACCCCGUGGUCCUGUCGUGCAGCCACAGCUUCUGCAAGGAGUGUCUGACCUCGUGGUGGAGAAUGAAACCGACGCGAGAGUGUCCGGUGUGUAAGAGGAGAUCGUCAAAGAGCGAUCCGCCGCGCAACUUGGCCUUGAAGAACCUGUCCGAGGCCUUUUCAAAAAAGGGGCGGGGCCAGAGCGCUCCGGAGACCCUGUGCGGCCUGCACUCCGAGAAGUUCAGACUCUUCUGCCUGGACCAUCGGGAGCUGGUGUGUGUCGUGUGCAGAGACUCGAGGCGACACGCCGACCACAGGUUCAAACCCGUCGACGAAGCCGCACAAGAUUUUAAAACGGAGAUCCGGGAGUCCCUGAAGCCCCUGAAGGAGAAACUGAAGCUGUUUGAAGACGCCAAAGCGAACUGCGAUCAAACGGCAGCGCACGUCGAGGUCCAGGCCCGACGAGCAGAGAGCCACAUCAAGGAGCAGAUUAAGAAGCUCCACCGGUUCCUGGAGGAGGAAGAGGAGGCCAGGAUCUCUGCUGUGAGGGAGGAAGAGAAGCAGAAGAGGGGGGCGAUGAAGGAGAAGACGGCGGCUCUGAGCAGAGAGAUCGCGGCGCUUUCAGCCGGCGUCGGCGCCGCGGAGGACGAGCUGAGAGCCGACGACAUCCAGUUCCUCGGCGGCUACGCAGCCACGGCGGAGAGAGUCCAGCGGCGCCCCCUGCUGGAGGAUCCACAGCUGGAGGAUCCACAGCUGCCCGCCGGAGCUCUGCUAGACGAGGCCAAACACCUGGGCAACCUGAGCUUCAACAUCUGGAGCAAGAUGCAGGACGUGGUCUCCUACGCUCCCGUGGUUCUGGACCCGAACACGGCCGACUCGGAACUGGUCGUGUCCACCGACCUGACCGGCGUGACGUCCGGGAAAGGACGGCGGCUUCCGGAAAACGCGGAGCGGACCAGAUUCCCGUGCUCCGUGCUGGGCUCCGAAGGCUUCGACUCGGGGUCUCACAGCUGGGACCUCGAGGUGGGCGACAACGCGGACUGGGAACUGGGCGUGUUGGGAGAAGACGUGCAGACGGACGGACGCCUGCGCUCCGCACUGUGGAGGAUUCAGUUCUCCGGCGGUAAACUCACGGCGUUCGCCACGUCGGAUCGGGAGAAAGAUCUGCCGGAGAUGAAGGAGCUCCGGAGGGUCAGAGUUCACCUGGACUUCUCCAGAGGAAGGCUGUCGUUCGGCGAUCUCGAUACCAGAGCACACAUUCACACCUUCAAACACGGCUUCAAGGACACCGUGUUCCCGUAUGUUUACACUGAGGAUCCCCUCCCGCUGAAGAUUCUGCCAGUGAAGGUCACCGUGAAGGUCGAAAGGUUUACACUUACCGAAUGCAUCUGGGAAUAGAAUUCCCCAUUUCUCACCAGGAGUAAUCUUUUUUUUUAAAGUUCAACAACUUAUUUCUUUGUGUUGAAUGAAAUAAGCUAAACUUGUUCAAAUGCAUCGUGUUUAAUUAUCCAAAAUGUUUAAAUGGAUACGGUUUGUGAUUUUUGGGCGAUAUAAAUGAAUUUGAUUUGAAGAUUAUGAAUCUGACCACACAACUUUCGACGGACGCAUUUCAGUUAGAAAUGAUGGAUAUUAGAUCCCAAAGCUCAUGUUGACGUUGUGUCUUUACUUUGUUUGUGUGAAUCAAUUCCCGUUGAAACUGGAAUUGAAACUGUAAAAUUACUUUUUAAGGAACUGUAAGUCGAGCGGCAGACGGGUGAUAUUAAAAAUGUGUUCUUCCAUGUUAACAGUACGACAUUAAAGGGAAAAUAAAAAAUAUCUAAUGAAUUACUGAAGCAUAAACCAAAUCAAUAGUCUCUGUUUUAACCCCUGUAUUAUUCUGAUUAUGGGACCAAUAAAAAUGAAGUUAACAAACGUC